AUGUACAUGCUUUGUUGGUCAUUAGGUGUUUCUCUUCUUGACCAUGUCAGCAAUGACAUAGUACAAUAGCAAAUGGGCACUGCGCCAAUACUUGAGAAAACGUAGGAGAAACACCUAUAGUGGUAUGGCCAUAUCCUACCUACGAGCAGGACCCACACCUUUUGCCUGAAUCACCUUCCACUUUAAUGCAGAUGGCAAGCACCCGGUGGAAAGCUGAAGCAAAGAUGGCAAGACACAAGAAAUGCAGAUAUGAAAAUUGCCCAGUUGGACCCAGAUGCCACGUUUGAUCAUGCAAAAUGGCAUUUGUCAAUCCAAAAAGCAGACCUUGCACCUGUGGGAAUAACGCUAGGAAGAUGAUGAGGACGAUAAAUUUAUUUUUAUAAUUCUUGGUUGUUGUAUACAGGAGACAGAUUCAAGGAAAAUUACUGUGCUUUGAUGGCAGAGGUUAAGUUUAAGAUUUUACAGUAAUCUGUAAAAUUUCAUAUUAAUGGGAUCUACUUUGGCACUGCUCUUUAAAAAGCUGUCUUUAAAAAGAGCUUUGAAACUGGCUAAAGGUUAGAUAUUUAUUAAAUUUCUAUCCUACAUUUAUUACUGUAUAAGUAAGUCAGCAAAAAUACAUAAUACUGUGCAUCAUUACACGAUGAACUGUGUCAUAAUUGUUUAAUUGGUCAGCCAAUGGCAUUUCACUUGGAAUCUUGCAAGCAAGGGAACUAGACAAUGGAAAGUAAGCUAUCAGGUACAUCUGAAAAAAUAUUAAAGAGAACCCGAAAUCACUGCGCUAUGAAAUGAGUGUGGAUUCUGAAAACAAAGCAUAUGCCACAGAGGUUGGCGCACCAAAUUUGCUUCCUUGCGACACCUGUGGAAGGCAUUUUGCAUCUGAAGCACUGGCAAGGCACAAUCUGAUAUGCAAAAAAAUUUUCAACAAGAAGCGCAAGCCGUUCAAUUCCUUGAAACAACGACUACAGGGAACUGACAUCCCAACAGUGAAAAAGAAGCCACCCACAAAAAAUGGACUGGAGAAAAAAUCAAAUUGGAGGCAGCAGCAUGAAGAUUUUAUUUCAGCCAUCAGAGCAGCUAAACUUGCAACUCAAGCCAUGAAAGAAGGCCGUCCUCUUCCACCACCACCACCUCCAUCCAUUAACCCAGAUUAUAUUCAAUGUCCUUACUGUAUGAGACGGUUUAAUGAGACUGCUGCAGAAAGGCACAUCAAUUUUUGCAAAGAACAAGCAGCCAGGAGAUCCUUUGCCCCAGGCCAGAAGGGAGGCAAACCAGCUUCAGGAAAACAAGGAGUUUCCAAAAAAGAACCAACUUUAACAAAUGCUGUGGGGACACUACUUCAAAACAGAUUGCAAGGGACAAAUACUGGCCCAUCUGUAACAGGACAUGGUAUUGAAAUUUCAGCUGGAGCAAUACACAAAAAAAUAUCCCCUAUUUCUUCUGGAACAGAAUCUGGGGCUCCAACUCAUGGAAGAAGAUAAGAACAUGCCUUCCAGACAUCUGAAUAGCAGCCUUUACUUUUUACAGCACCCACAUUAGAAGAAUUCAGCAAACCAGUUUACUAAUACUUUCAGCCUCUCAUCUCUCUUAAAACCUGGAUGAAGUAUGUGAUAAUAAAACUAGCAUGGUCAUUUCCAGUUUUUACAGGAAAUAAUCUUAUGUAAAUAAGAGUGUUUCCAGCUCUAGGGCCUCUUUUUUUCCUUUGGUCAACUUCUGUGUUGCCUUAAUCAAAAAGUGACUCUAGAGACUUUACACAAUAGGAUUAAAAGGUCCAGUAAAUAACAACUAAAAACAACAAACAGUAUCACCAAAUACUGUACAUAGGGUUUAUUGGAAAACAUAACACCACAAAUAUAAUGAGACCAGUCCAUCAUCCUGCAGCUAUGACAAGAGCCAGAUUUUUAUGGAAGCCUCAAGAGUUGGGUCACAAAGAAUUCAGUGGUUAUGUUGUUCCACAGGACAGGACAGCUACCAAGAAAUGUUUUCUGAGCAUCAUACGGUGUGUGUUUUAUAGCUAAGAACAGAAAGUUGCCAACACUUUCAGAUCUUACUUAAGCAGUAACAAUAGAAAAACAUCCCUGUAGAUCAGUGGUUCUCAACCUGUGGGUUGCAACCCCAUUUGGGGUCGAACAACCAUUUCAUGGGGGUCGCCAAACAACGCAGUCCGCCAUUUUUCCCCCCUUUUCCUUAGCUGUGCUACU